CACAAGGAUUCCAUUUCAACAGAAGGGAGUGAAAAUCAAUCCACGGAUGCACUCUCGCUCAUUAUCAAGAGCGUACAACCCCCACCCAUCGGGAAUAAGGAUGCCAAGAAUGAGGGGCACAUCCGAAAGCUCCUAUCUUACAAAGUAGAGCAAUAUUUCUAUGCCCAUCUAUCUAGCCAGUUACCCGAAGAAGCGAAGGUAGCCACCUACUACUCUCCAGUCGACCAGCAAGGUGUUGAACAGCCAGUCCAGUUGGUGAUAGAAGACCUCUCAGCUUCCUUCCCGAACCCUGCGCACAGAAACAUGAACUCGGAGGACACCAAAGUCGUACUCAAGUGGCUUGCCAACUUGCAUGGAACCUUUUGGGGGUUUCAUCGUCGUCCGGAGGUACAAGAAUCACUCGUUUCUCCACCCCUGGGAUAUGAAGGAAAUCAAGUUUCGGGUGUAUGGGGUCAAGGAACCUACUGGUAUUUGGACACCCGACAAGAAGAGCUCCGGAAUACCGACCAGGACGAAUAUGGUUGGUUACUGAAAUGGGCGAACAAAGUGGCAGCGACUAUGAAACAGGAAGAAGAGAGAUGGGGGACCCUUAUUCACGGGGACGUCAAAGGAGCCAACAUUGUCUUCUCAGCAGGAUCAGGUCAAUCACGAAGCUGUGCCCUCUACGAUUUUCAAUACACCGGAAUCGGCUUAGUGACCCGCGAUAUUGUGGUUCUCUUUGCGAAGAGCGUUCAAGCAGAGUUAAUUCAAGGUAUUGAACAGGAAAAAGAAUUGCUACAUGUGUAUCAUUCUGAGCUUCUUCGAAAAAUUGCAAGCCGGCGGAAUGAUGGCCAAGCAACAGGCAACUCGCCUAAUGACGAAUUUGGGGAAUAUAAAUUCGAAACACUUUGGCGACAUUGGGAGUUGGCCAUCGUGGAUUGGUGUCGUUUUAUGGCUGGUUGGGGAUUUUGGGGGAAUGACGGAUGGGUCAAAGGUCGUGCUAGGGAGAUAGUAUCGCGGUGGGACGAACACACGUUCAAUAGUUGA